AUGAUCAUCAAUAAAGGUUUAAAAUUUAUUCCACCAUGUCAAAGUCAUUUUUUUACAAAUAAAUCAAUUCAAAAAAUUACUGAACGAGAAUAUAAACGACUUUAUGAUGAAAAUGUUAAAAACCUUACCGAUUAUGCCUUUUCAACAACAGACACAAGAGCUAAAGAAUAUUUUCUUGCAAUUCAAAAUUUACUUCAACAACUUUAUAUGAAACCUAUACCAAACAAAAUUGCAAGAAAUGCACAAUAUUUAAGUCGUAUGAUAAAAUCAAUGCAACGACAAUUACGUAAAGCAAAUAUUGCUGUUGGACAAACAGAUAAAAGUAAAUUAUUUUUUUUUAUUGAUGCACAAGAAUAUGAAGAAAAAAUUCAAAAUUAUAUGACGAAAACAAAUGCUUAUCAAGAAAUAACCAGUGGUAUUUGUCCACUCGCCGAUAAUUUACAUUUGGUAUUAUUAGUCCUUGAUCAUUUAUCUCAACGAAAAGAAAUUACAAGUGAACAAUAUAAAAAAAUGAAACCAGACUUAGAAAAAUUGGAAUUGGCUCAUAUUUAUUUUAAUCUUAAAGUUCAUAAGCCUGAUAUAUCAGUUCGACCUAUUGUUGCUUCAAUGAAUGCACCAGCAAGACUUAUAUCAAGUUUUUUAGAUCAACUUCUAACUCCAAUAUAUAAUCAUGUGACGAAAGAUAUUACAUUUAUUAAUGGUAUAGAUGUUGUUCGAAAAUUAAAAGAAUAUCAACAACAAGGUUAUGUUAAUUCGACAACAUUAUUUGUUGUAUUUGAUGUCGCUGAUUUAUAUACAAUGAUUCCACGAGAUGGUGCCAUUGCUGCUUUAAAACGAUUUUGUGAAAAAUAUGCUAUCAAUGGAAAAAUUGGCACUCUAAAAAUAAGUACUAUUAUUCAAUUAGCAUGUGUUGUAUUAGAUACUAAUACAUUUGCAUAUAAACAAAAAUAUUAUCGUCAAACUAAAGGAGGUGCUAUGGGUUCACCUUUUACUAUGAUAUUAGCUAAUAUUUAUAUGUUAGAAUGGGAACAAAAAUUAAUUCAACAUCAAAAAAUACAUAAUGGAAUUUAUGGACGAUAUAUUGAUGAUGUAUUCAUGACAAGUAAUUUAACCAGAGAACAAAUUCAAAAAUUACUUGAUGAAACAACUCAAACAGAUCCAAAUAUUAAAAUAACAACAACAAUUAGUCAAACAUUAGAUUAUCUUGAUGUGACAAUAGAAAGUAACAAUGGCAAUUUAACAACUUCUAUUUAUCAUAAAUCAGCAUCAGAACCUUAUAUUCUGCCCUAUUCAUCAGAUCAUCCACGACAUGUACAUAUAAAUAUAUUAAACAAUGCCUUAGUUCGAGCAGCUCGAAUAUGUUCAAAUAUUGAAGACUUUGAUAUGGAACGAUUAAGUAUUGAAAUGAUAUUAUUAGUCAAUGGUUAUCCACCAAAGUUUUUACACGAACAUAUAAAAAAUUUCUUCGUCAAAUAUAAUGCAAUGAAUGUCUGGACUGAUUUAAAUUCUCAAUCGUAUCAACAACUACAUGAUGAAUUACUAUAUAAGCCUACACGACGAGAACAAAAAGUUCAAGUGGAAUCAAAUGGUACAUCUUCUAAAAAGUCGACAAAUCAUGAAAAUAAGAAUCAAAUAUAUCUGCAUUACACAUUCGAAACGGGUCCAUCAAUAAACUUUAAAAAAGAAUAUCGUCAAAUAUGGGAAAAAUUCUAUGUUUAUCCAGGUUCACGUUUGAGAAAUACAAGACUGAUACUUGGUACAAUAUUAAAUCGAACAUUACAAAGUCUUUUAAUACACAAGAAACCAAAACGAGAAAUAUUAACAAAGAUGGAAUCAACAACACGAACAACUUCUUGA